GUCAAUACUUUAGUUGGACUAAGAAGAACGGUUGUGUUGUAAGUUAUAUUAACAGUUAUAAUUAAAUUCUUUCGAAGAAAAGAUAAAUCUAUGGGUCAUUAACGGAUAUAAGGACAAGAAUUUGAAUUUGAACGCAAGAAUGGACGUCAAGGAUUUUCUUGAUUUUGGCAAAAGUGCGAUAGAUUUUAUUGCAAAUUAUUAUGAAACAUUGAGAGAUAGGCCAGUACUUCCUGACGUUGAACCUGGUUAUUUAAGUCAAAUGAUACCAGAUGAAGCACCUGUUAAAGCUGAAACUUGGCAAGAGGUUUUUAAAGAUAUUGAAAGAGUCAUUUUACCUGGGAUGACGCAUUGGAAUUCGCCUAAUUUUUACGCAUAUUAUCCGGGCUCACCAUCGUUUCCAUCCAUCGUUGGUGAAUUGUUAUGCGCUGGAUUUGGUGGAGUUGGUUUUUCUUGGAUGUGUUCACCAGUUUAUACAGAAUUAGAAGUUAUCACGUUGAAUUGGCUUGGAAAAAUGUUAAAUCUUCCAUCCGAAUUCUUAAAUUGUAACAAUGGACCCGGAGGAGGUGUUAUACAGGGUUCCGCCAGUGAAACUACACUUAUUUGCUUAAUAGCUGCCAAAGAUCGAACAACUCGACGUAUAAAAAGUAUUCAUCCUAAUUGGGAUGAGAACCUUAUUAGAGCCAAAUUAGUAGGUUAUACUUCAGAUCAGGCAAACUCAUCCGUCGAAAAAGCCGGACUUUUAGCGACAGUUCAGAUGAAACUAUUACCCAGUGAUGAAAAUGGAAGUCUUCGUGGUGAUACAUUGUUAAAAGUAAUUAAAGAAGAUUUAGAAAAUGGUCUUAUACCAUGUUACGUUUGUGCAACAUUGGGUACUACUGGUACUUGUGCUUUAGAUAAUUUAGAUGAAAUAGGACCUAUUUGUAAUCAAUACGACAUAUGGCUUCAUAUCGAUGCUGCAUAUAUUGGUGCCGCAUUUGUUUGUCCUGAAUAUCGACAUUUGAUGACUGGUGUUCAUUAUGCCGAUUCGUUUAACGUUAAUUGUCAUAAAUGGUUGCUCGUUAAUUUCGAUUGUUCAGCAAUGUGGGUGAAAAAUUCCAAAUAUCUUAUCGAGGCAAUGAGCGUUGAAAGAAUUUAUUUGAGUCACGAUAAACAAGGUGUUGCACCUGAAUACAGACAUUGGCAAAUACAAUUAGGACGUCGUUUUCGUUCAUUAAAACUAUGGUUUGUCUUACGUCUUUAUGGAGUAGAAGGAAUGCAGAAACACAUAAGGACAACUGUAUCAUUGGCAAAUAAAUUUGCUAAUUACAUUAAAUCUGAUGACAGAUUUGAAUUAGUCACGAAUACUAUGGCAUUAGUUAGUUUUCGAUUGAAGGGAGAGAACGAAUUGACAAAUGAACUUCUCAAACGUUUGACUGAAAGGAAACGCAUUUAUGUUAUCAUAGCUACGAUAAAUGAAAGAUAUAUCAUUCGUUUUUGCGUAUGCAGUCCAUUAUGUCAAGAAACAGACAUUGAAUUUGCUUGGAAUGAAAUCAGUGAACAAGCUAAGGAAAUUCUUCAAGCGAAUCAUCAUCAUCAUCAUCAUCACCAUCAUCAUCAUCAUCCUGUUGAAGAACUUUUAAUUCAACCAUCCGUAAAAUCGUAUAACGAUAUUACAUUAAGAAUAGAAAAUUUAAAUCAUGAAUCCAAGGGCAUCUAGCAUCUAAGAGAACAAAUUCACAUUAAUAUGAUAUUUUAUUUCAUUAAAAUAUUCGUUCGUUAUUUUAAUUUGUUUAAACAACAAUAU